AUGCAAUAACUAAAAUACCCUAGCUUUGAUGACAUCAAAUAUUACUAAUAAUAUUCAUAGGAUCAAGACUUGUAAUAACAAUUAGUCAGUAAGACAAACAAUAACAUUAAAUAUAUCCCAGUAUUGAUCUCUUAAUAAACAAUAAUUAACUAUCAACCUUAAGUAUAAUAAUAAUACCCAUAAUAUUAAUAACAUUAUGUACAUCCCUAACCUGAAUAAUAAAAUCUGAAUUUUAAUCUUAAUCCUGAGGCAUCUGAUUUACUGAAAGACUAAGAUUUUCAAAAAUAAAAAGUCUUUUUAGGUCUAAUUUUAGGAGUCUACAUUUUAUGGUCUAUUUUAUUUGUCUUCCUUAUCUGUCCAUUAGUUUUUUAGAUUAUUCAAUAUAAUUUUGAGAGCAAUUAAAUUUCAUUAUCUUUAAUACUAUUAUUAGUGUUUUCCUUAACUACAAUGAUUCUAGCAAAGUUUGGAAUUGCAAGAAAUAAUAGGAGUGUAAUAUUAUUUUAUAUAAAUUAUAGACAGCAACCAGUUUAAUAAUAUUAUGUGGGUUGGUGUUGAGUUAUUCAUUGUUUUAUUUAACUUUAAUUUAGGCAUUAGAUUCUUUUUUAUAUACUUAAACAUAUUAGUGUAGUUUAUACUAUUUAUUUAAGGGGUUUAUUAAUUUGAAGCAAUAAUGGGAUAUUCAAUUAUAGGAAACUUUAUUUUUAAUAUUAUAGUUCUAAUUUAUUUAAUGUUUGCUGAAACUGAACUUAACAUGUUUUGUAAGUCAUUUUAUUAUAUUUAUUAGCUCCAAAUAUUACUGAAUUUUUUAUUAUUUUGAUAUUAGCAAUUUAAUAUGAUUCAAUCUUUUACUAUUGUAUUUUUACUUCUUAAAUAUAUGCUUUUUGUUUGAUGAAUGUUUUAAAAUAAAUCAUAAAAGGAAGAGUAUAAAUUUUAUUAAAUUUUUAUAGUUUCAAUUGAAAAAAAAUUAAGUAUUUGUUGGAGUCAUAGCUGCAUUCUAUGGUUAGAUUGGCUGUUUUACUGAAUGA